GCAUUUCGUUUCACAGAACUACAAUUAUUAUUAUAAAUUAUUGUUGAAUUAAAUGGGACCAAUAUAAUUAUUUUUAUUAUACAUACGUUGAUUGUGAAGUGCUCAAGAUUGACAAACAAUGAAAAUUUUACUAAAAUUCAUCACAAUUUUCUGCAUAUUUUAUUGCUCCAAGUCUAUUGCAAAAAAAUCGAAUUUUGGAUUUAUGAAUUCAGUUAAAAUAAGUGAUGAUAACAGACAUUUCAAAUUUUCUAUACAAGAUUUAACAAUUCAACAGUAUUUUAAUCCAGUUGAUGAUGAAUGGAAAAGAGAAAAAUGUAAUAGUUUGGGGUUUACAUAUAAAGAACCUGUGACUUCCCAGCUAUUCACUGUUAAUGUGGUCCCCGUUGAUAUAUUAAACGAAAGGAAUUGUUUGUAUAGAAUUUUGUCUGAUUUUAUAUGUGGAGAUAGUAGUUUACAUAGUAAAUUACAAAAAAAAAUUUUAACCAGCCUUAAAGAAAAUCCAAUCAUGGACGAAUUGUUUGGUGCUAAAGAAACGUUCAAUGAAUAUAUAAAAAAAUACAUAAUAAUGAAAAAUUCCGAUAUGGAUGAAGGGGUUAAACAAUGUCCAGUUUGUUAUGAAGAUUCUACUGUAAUAUUAUGGAAUUGCAAACAUCAAAUGUGUCAAAAUUGUUCAGAAAAAAUGUUAGAAAGAAAACAAAUGAAGUGUCCACUUUGUAGAGAAAAAAUUUUUUCUUUUUCAGACAAGGAAUUGGGGGAUGUAAAAAGUACUUUUGUACCAAUAGAAUUAUUAGCUGCAGCUUAUUAUUUAGAUGUGUGUAUUCAAGUAUAUCUUAUAGAUUAUGGUUGGUUAUUGUUUCGUAAAGAGUGGCCAUUUUAUGAUGAACUUGAUAUGCAAAAUGAAAAAUGCAUUUAUUUAUAUAUGUCCAACACUCAUGUGGGCGUUAUUUCUGACGUAACAUAUCCAUAAAUGUUUAUUCACUUAUGUUAUAAUGUCAGUUGUAUAAAUUUAUUGUAAUAUAACAAAUACAAGACU